CUGCCGCAGCAUUCAUCCCCUCAUCCUGCGCGCUGAUGCCAGGCCGGGGGGGUCACAGGGGGGCGCGGGGGCAGGGGGCCGGUCAUUGUCCUCCGCGCGCUAUAUAAGCGGGCUGAGGCCGGUCGUGUGCCAGGCUCACCGGCUCGCACGAGCUGAUCCAGAGCAGAAAACACGCAGAGACACGCGCGCCUCUCCGAACUGACACAGACUUCAGGUGAAUUCCUCUCGCGUGGAUCCCUCACGCCUCCUCUCCUCUCCCCGCAGUCAUGGACUCGCUCUACUCCGACAUCGACAGCAACAGCUGCGACUUCUUCCCGCACAGCGAAGACGAGGAGUCCCGCAGCCCGCGCUGCGCGUCCCCGCAGCCCGAGCAGCAGCAGAAGAAGCAGCGGCGUCGCGGCCGCGCGCGCAGCGACGCCACGGUGCAGGUGGUGAAGAAGAACCGGCGCCUGAAAGCCAACGACCGCGAGCGUAACCGCAUGCACAACUUGAACGACGCGCUGGACGCGCUGCGCGGCGUGCUGCCCGCAUUCCCGGACGAGACGAAGCUGACGAAAAUCGAGACUCUGCGGUUCGCGCACAACUACAUCUGGGCGCUGUCCGAGACCAUCCGCAUCGCGGACCUGCAGGCGGGCAAGGCUGGAGAGCCGCCCGUGCUGCUCAGCCCGUGCCUAGCCGAGGCCCCGAGCCCGGGCAGCGAUGCCUGCUCCUGGAGCUCCAGCGGCUCCUCGUCCUCCUCCUCCCCGGCCUACUGCGCCUCCAGCCCGGGCAGCCCCGCCGCGCCCGAGGACUACAGCUACCUGCGGCAGGACGCGCUGUACGGCUUCCGCAGCUUCGUGCCGGGCAUCUACUGAUCCCUGAGCCCGGAGGUCCCGCUGGAAUAAGACUGAGAGCCGCUAUUUGCCUUACUCACACCUCAUCACCAUCGUCGUCGUGCCUCUACGGAUGGACUGGAAAUGAGAGGAACUGAAUUUGAUCUGUUUUUAUUAUUAGUUUUGGGUUUUGUAAAUUUCUCCAAAAACCUUUGCACUUUCCCCUCUCCCCUCUCUCUCCCCCAGAGUCUGCAGGUUACAGUCAGUCUCAGUUUUUCUGUUUUCGUGUCCGAGGUGAAAAGUCAAUUUUACAAUUAGUAGAGUGAUUCUGCAGAAAAGAGAGCGUGGAAAUUGAGUUUCAACGCUCCCACAAUAGACUGAAAGGAGCUGCCCGCAUUCAUUAUGUAUUCCACACACACCCACACCCUCUCUCUGCUGUGUUUUUAUUUAUUCGUUUCGUUUUGUCACGUGAAAUUUGUAUUUUGUACAUAAAGAGAUUUUAUUCUAUUUACUUGGAGCUUUGGUGCCACUUUUCUACUAAAUAAUAAAGU